AUGGCAGACCUCUAUCGAAUUGAGCAGGGAGAAAAUGAACACCCGAAGCCGUACCUACAACACUUUAUCGAUUUGGUACACCAAAUCCAUGACAUAGAACCAGCGAUCGCAACCAAUCUCUUUGUUAAAAGUCUGCAAGUGGGAUCUCUCUUACACGAAAAUCUCACUAUGACCCCAUCAUACGACAUGGCAGAAAUACAGGCCCGUGCCAAUGGAGUCUUUCGAGUUUUGAAGUGUCGCGCGCAUCCCCAGAAGAAAAUCGCUCUCAUCUCCAAACCACCACCAAACAAUCCUUCUCCUCCACCAAAGGGGGAGGAUAAGAGAAAAAAGACUUCAAUCAGAACCUCCGAAGGGGGGAAGAGAUCAAGAAACAACCAUGAUUCCCCAAGAUUCUCUUCUUUCGAGUACACUGUCCCACAAGAGGUCAUUUAUGAAGAGAAGAAAGAUCGCCCUAUCUGGCGAGAACCCUGCAAGAUCACAACUCCUCCAGAAAGAAGAGACAAAAAUAGGUUCUGCAUCUUCCACAAAGAUCAUGGACAUACGAUCUCUGAAUGCCAUAACCUCCACAACAUAAUUCAGGCUCUUAUGAGAAAUGGAAGAUUGACUCAGUACAUCAAAGGAUCUGAUAGAGCAAGCACCCCACAGCCCAGUGUUGCUUUAGCUCCAGCAAUCACAGUAGCACCAACCUCAAUGAACGUGGCUUCUUCAAGUUCGCAAGAACCCCUGAAGUAA